GAAUCCAGAGGCGGGCCCUCUCCUGGGACAGCACACCUGCACUCUUUCCUCAUGAGAGGUCCCAUGGUGUACAGGCAGUGUGGACCAAAGGCUUGACACCCUCAUUUCUGAUCCAGCACCUACCCUGGACUCUGCUUCUCCAGGCUGUGGUGAAGCCACAGUGGGAAUUCCAGGAGCUCCUCCUGCCCUGGCUGGCGAUCUGAGGACAGGGAGCACAGCAGCACUGAUAGCCACUGUCUCCAGCCCUAUGGAUUUGCCCCCGCAGCUCUUCUUCGCCUUCUAUGUGGCCGCCUUUGCGCUGGGCUUCCCGCUCAAUGUGCUGGUCCUCCGAGGUGUGGUGGCGCAAGCCCGACUCCGCCUCACCCCCAAUUUGGUCUACACCCUCCACUUGGGCUGCUCUGACCUCCUGCUGGCCAUCUCACUGCCCCUGAAGGCAGUGGAGGCCCUGGCCUGGGGGGUCUGGCCCUUCCCAGCUGCACUCUGCCCAAUCUUUGCCCUGGCCCACUUCACCCCGAUAUAUGCGGGCGGUGUCUUCCUGGCUGCCUUGAGCGCUGGGCGCUACAUGGGGGCUGCCUUUCCCCUGGGCUAUCAAGCCCUCCGGAGGCUGCGCUAUUCCUGGGGGGUGUGUGUGGCCAUCUGGGUCCUGGUGCUCUGUCACCUGGGGUUGGUUCUCAUAUUAGAGGCUCCAGGAGGUUGGCUGCACAAUAGCACCACUUCCCUGGGCAUCAACCAAGCUGUUAAUGGCUCCCCUGUGUGCCUGGAGGCCUGGGACCCUGGUUCUGCUGGCCCCGCCCGCCUCAGCUUCUCUCUGCUGCUAUUCUUUGUGCCCUUGAUCAUCACGGCCUUCUGCUACGUGGGCUGCCUCCGGGCACUGGUCCACUCAGGCCUGAGCCACAGGCGGAAGGUACGGGCAGCCUGGGUAGCUGGUGGGGCCCUGCUUACGCUGCUUUUGUGCCUGGGCCCCUACAGUGCCUCCAAUGUGGCUGGCUUCCUGCACCCCAACAUGGGAGGUCCCUGGCGCAAGUUGGGGCUCAUCACAGGGGCCUGGAGUGUAGUAUUCAAUCCACUGGUGACAGGCUACUUAGGGAGAGGUCCUAGCCGGGGGAUGACAUGUGCGGCACGAAAGCCAGGAGGACCAUCCCAGAAGUAGCAGCCCCUGCGGGGUGAAAGGGACACGGAGCAGAGU